UCGACCAAGCAUAUGCACCGCCUUGUUUUGGCUUUUGCUCGCUUUGCCUGCCGCCCGAGUAGUGAGAGUUGCCUAGGAACAGGCAUAACAACAUAAGCAGAGGAGAGAAGAGGGACAGCGCCGGAACAGGCGCCCGGCACAAGGCAAACAGACCAGGCGUGCAAGUGCAAGGCUGCAAGCCCGGCUCGCAAGCAACUGGCGCGUGAGCUGAAUGCGGAUGCCUGUGGCAUUCGUUAACAGUUCAGCCUCAGCUUCGCCCGCCGCACCGCAACAGAGAACCCACUGCUGCUCCAAGUGCUAAUAAUAAAUGACACACUUGUAGCCACGCCUCUCCUGCCCUGCGUGCCUCGCCUGCAUAUAUAACGCGCGGCACACUAGCGAGUGUUGCGGCACAGGAUUUGGGCUCGGUGGCGGCCAAAGGCUAUAUGAGCGGUCUCAUCACGAGGAUCGGCACCGUCGCCCGCUGCUCACCCAUGGCGGCCGCCGCGGCAGUCGCUGGCAUCGACGCGCCACGGAAGCGGCCGCGUCGCCCCAGCAGCGGCAGCGUCAGAAUGGAGGGCAGCAGGAGCAGAGGAGGCGACGGUGGUGGCUGCUGCUGCUCGAGCAGCGGCAAGGGGCUUGCGCCCGCGGAGCCCAGGCUGGUGGUGAUCGUCGGCGCCACGGGCACGGGCAAGACCAAGCUGUCCAUCGACGCGGCCGUGGCGCUGGGCGGCGAGGUGGUGAACGCCGACAAGAUACAGCUCUACGCGGGCCUCGACGUCACCACCAACAAGGUGCCCCACGCCGACCGCCGCGGCGUCCCGCACCACCUCCUGGGCGCGGUCCGCGCCGACGCGGGCGAGCUCCCGGCGCCGUCGUACCGCGCGCUGGCCGCCGAGGCCGCGGCCUCCGUCGCGGCGCGUGGGCGGGUGCCCGUCGUGGCCGGGGGCUCCAACUCGCUCAUCCACGCGCUCCUCGCCGACGACCGCCUCGGCGGCGGCGACCCGUUCAAGGCCGACGACGACGACGGGUGCUACCGGCCGUCGCUGAGGCUCCCGUGCUGCCUCCUCUGGGUGGACGUAGACGGCGCGGUGCUGGACGACUACCUGGACCGGCGCGUGGACGACAUGGUGCGCGAGGGCAUGGUGGAGGAGCUCCGGGAGUACUUCGCGUCCACGUCCCCCGCGGAGCGCGCCGCCCACGCGGCCGGGCUGGGCAAGGCCAUCGGCGUGCCGGAGCUGGGCGACCACUUCGCGGGCCGCAAGACCCUCGCCGCGGCGAUCGACGAGAUCAAGGCCAACACGCGGGUGCUGGCCGCGGCGCAGGUGCGCAAGAUCCGGCGCAUGGCCGACGCCUGGGGCUGGCCCGUGCGGCGCCUCGACGCGACGCCCACGGUCCGCGCGCGGCUGGCCGGCGCCGGGCGCGACGCCGAGGCCGCCGCGUGGGAGCGCGACGUGCGCGGGCCUGGCCUCGCCGCCAUGCGCCAGUUCCUCGACAGCCACCACGAGCAGCAGCAGCAGCAGCAAAGGUGGCCGCUGGCGCGGAGGCAAUGUCGUGGCAUGGUGGGGUGACUCGUGAUGACGCGUCAAAUGUCUCGUUUUUUUGUUGGGGGGAUAGGCCGCCGAAUUUUGGAGGGUCCCGGAGACGACACCGGGCACCGGUCGGUGGGGCCGUCCGUAGCUGGCGAUGCCGCACAGCA